GGGACACGCGCAUCCUCGUAAAUUCCUACCGUGUUGAUAAUACUAAUGGAGUGAUAAAUAAUUAAUUAAUUUGAUUAUAUUCUGUGGAGAUACGGCCUUAAUUUGCGUUUGGAGGUUUAUAAAUUGGAGGUUGAUUUAGUGUUUUUUCAGAAAAAUGAAGCAAGAAGUCCUAUGUCUCGUACUACUUGGCUGCGGACUUGCGCUGGCAGCAAAUCCUUGCUGUCCCGAUGGCAUGAACCUGGACCGACUUACCCGUCGCUGUGGCCGCUUCAACAUGACGUCACUACCCGCCUUGGACUGUCCUGAAGGGAAACUUCUGCUGAGGGACAUAGUGCUGCAUGGAGACAAAGUGACUACUAUGGAUGCACCAGAGUUCGUUAUUGUAGAAGAUCCUACACAAUACUGCACAAGUUACAUGAUAAGAAACGCAAGUAGGCCAGAAUUGGGGAUGAUGCCGGUAGCUUUGGCGUGCUUCCAGAAGGAUACGUGGACCAAUAACUUGGAGACCAGCGGCAUUCUUACAUUGGUAUCUGUAUUCUUUCUGGUGGCGACCAUUGCGGUUUACAGCUACCUUCCGCAAAUGAGGGAUCUCCAAGGAAUGUGCUAUUUAUGCACAUGCAUCAGUAUGGCGCUAGGAUUCUUAUCCCUCGGGAUGCUUCAACUUAAUCCUGGAUUCAGAAACGAAAUAUGCACAGUAACAGGAUUCCUGGUUUAUGCUUGGAUGAUUGCUACAUUUUUCUGGAUGAACGUUAUUUGUAUAAACACCUACCGGACUGUCAUGGAUGCAGCAUAUUUGCAAAAAACGGAAAAGAAACAGUUCUUCUCAUACAGCUGCUACGCUUGGGGCUUUACCAUGCUGUUCCUCAUCGUGGCCCUCAUAACAAACUUCUCCGAAGGAAACCACUGGAAGCCUGGCUUCGGCGAUGGCAACUGCUGGUUCAAUGGACGCACGGAGACCUGGAUUUUCUUCUACGGACCUAUUGCUAUUCUGGUCACCAGCAAUGUCGUUCUUUUUGGAUUGUCCUCAUACAAUUUGUGGCAGCAGACGAAGAAAUACGAAGUGAAUAAGCUUAACAACCUGAGGCACAGGUUCUUGUUAUCUCUGAAACUGUUCCUGGUCAUGGGCAUUUCCUGGAUAUUUGAGAUCGCGAGUUUCGCUCAUGGAGAGGCGCAUAUCAUUUGGAAAAUAAUGGACACCUUCAACUGUCUACAAGGCGUGAUCAUAUUCCUUCUCCUGGUGCUGUUUAGGAGACGCGCGAUCCGCGGUUUAGCCAACGAGAACUUCUGUGUGUUUAUCACUCGUCCCCUCGCAGAGAAACUGAGUCCUCACGAUGAUGAAGAUGAUCAGCACAUAUUAGGGGACGAGACUGUGGAGGUUAGGCUAAACUAGAUAUAAAGACAUAGAUAGAAUGGGAUAAACGCACACUGAUUGUGCCAAAAGAAUGUUCUUUCUUUGCUGUUAAAUUAUCGGGUGAUUUGCCCAAUGUCAUUAGUGUGUAACGAACGAACCUUUGAACAGCGAAUUCGGUUGAGCAAAAGGGAUGUGUGAAUUGUAAUGAUCUUUUAUAAGUUACGAACUGUAACGCUCCAGUGCACUCCGCUAAACGCUUCUCAUUUAAUGAAUUGAUUUGAUUGCAUGAAAUUAAACCAAGUCUGGUACUGUAAUUGUAUUCUAGAAGUAAUUUUAUAUUUUUAAUUAUUUGCAGGCAAUAUGAAUCUCGAAGAAUUGGAUUUCAUAUCUACAUUAUUGUUAGCUAUCGGGAGUUGUUUACUUAGGUCAUGAUUUACUUGUAGGUAAUUUUAAAAUUGAUGAAGCAUUCUGAUCGUUUUGUUGUAACACUGUGGAUAGGUCAUGCAUGAUACUGAUAGUGCAGUUUUGUAUUCAAGAUUUGUGCCAUAUUAAUUACAUUAUUUGUGGUAUGAAGAGUAAACGUAUGAUUGAAAUGCAAUUUAUUUUAUAAGUAUUUUUUGUUAUUGAAAAAUAACAAACAUUUAGAGGAAUAAGAAACUCAAUUCUCGUAAUGUCAUAAUAAGUAUAAUAAAAUUUAAUUUUAAUUACUUAAUUCAACUACUUAGUAUAUAAAUUAGCAUUUACCAAUGUAAAUACUAAGUUAAAAAUCUAUGUAAUAUGUU